AUGUCCUUCACCUCAAUGGUUCUGCCAAAGUUGUUGGACAUUUUUCUGACUGGAAACAAUGUCAUCUCCUACAAGGGUUGCAUCACUCAAGUCUUCUUCCUUGUGGUGCUUAUGGUGUCUGAAUACUUAAUCUUGGCUGCCAUGGCCUAUGAUCGUUACGUGGCCAUAUGUCAUCCUCUACGUUAUUCUUAUUUCAUGAGUCUUCAAGUCUGUUUUUGGAUGUCGUGGAUAUCUUGGAGUAUGGGUAUCUUUGAAGGCAUUCUUUAUGCCCUUUUAAUAUCAUCCUGUAUGUUUUGUAAAGCAAAUGAGAUUGACCAUUUAUUUUGUGAUUUGAAGCCGCUAAUGAUGCUUUCUUGCAGUGACACACAUACUAUAGAAAUAUUAAUACUUGGACCAAGCGCCGUCAUUGGCUUUGUCCCUUCGGUCAUGACCUUGGUGUCCUACAUGUAUAUCAUCUCAACUAUCUUAAAGAUUCACUCUAAGGAAGGAAGACACAAAACCUUCUCCACUUGCUCCUCACAUCUCACCGUCAUCAUCUUGUUUUAUUGGACGAUCCUUGGCAUGUAUAUGAGGCCAAAGUCCAGCUAUUCCAUAAACCAGGACAAAGUGCUUGCCAUUUUGUAUGCAGGAGUCAUCCCGAUGCUCAACCCUCUCAUUUACAGCUUAAAAAAUCAGGAUGUGAAGAAAGCUCUGCGCAAAUUAAAGAAAACAAUGCUCUGUUAA